AUGGAAGGCCCGCAGGAUUCGAUGUCGGUUUGGAGGAGUCAGUCGGAGAAGCCCCCCAGGAGGGUUUGGCAGCUGCCCAGCAUCAAGGCCAAGCUGAAGGACCGGCUCUUUGAAGCGCAGGAGGCCUUGCUGCAGCAGAGCAAGGAAUCCGCGGGGAAUCUGGCGGAAGACCCCACAAAAUUCACUAGGCAACUUCCCGGCGCGGCUCAAGCUCGAUAUCGAACCGUCCAUUUCGCUCCCAGCGACCCCAGCGAGACCAUGCCGUGGUACGAGGCGGCCAUGGGCAUGAUGCUGCUGCAGCGGGGCAUGCGCCUGGAAACUCAGCCGGUUCUGCGGCCCGACCAGAUGGCGGAUGCUCAGUACUGGGCCUUUGGCCCCGGCGCCGAGUCGCAGAGCUGGGGCUGCGAUGCGUCUCACCGGGACAGGAACUUCUCCUGGUGGAGCCAAACCUGGGCAGCGGGCUUCACCGCUUUGGCGGGGGAGCCCGCCUACACCGACCCCGCGAUCAAGACGGUCGAUGGCGUCUUCGUUUGGGACGCGGAGUACUGUUCGCUGGGCGGAUUCCUCGAUCUGCCAAAGGCGCUACUGAACAACUACUCUGCGGUGAUGGCAGUUGAAGAGGCUGCGUGCGCGCAAGAACCGCUGAAGACCCUCAAGCUCCAGGGUCUGCCGCUGAGCGCGGUGUUUGAGGAGGUGGACCUGGCUUUUGAGAUCCAGAGGCAGAAGCCUCCCGCACAGCGGGAAGCUCCUCUGCAGAAGGAGGGCGUGUUGGACCGGGUGAGCGCUUACCACUGUGCACGCGGCUCCUACAGCUGCAUGGUGCACUUCUGCUUGCACAACUUUUGCAGGGUGGGAGAUCGCAUUGCUCAAGGCAGGCAGUGCCGAAGCGAUUUCGGCCUCUUGCCCAGAAGCGUCACACCUCCGAAGUGA